CGCAGCUCCAGAUAAAGAAGCAUUCAUCUUUCUUCUGGAGACGUUUCUCCGGCUGCAAACUUGCCCUGGGAAGAGCACCCUACUCUCUGUCUCCCUCCCAGACGGACCCAAACGACAGGAAGCAGACAUGGGUUUCUGGCGCCGGUGUUCAACACUGAGGCUGCUGGUGGUGCUGCUGCUGCUCAGCCUCGUUGUGGCGACCCAACUGGACAAUCACUCACCUCAGGACAGCCUGACAGAUGUCCUGCGAGUUCUCUCUGCUGGGGCAGGCCUGAACACCUCACACAGCCUCCUGAAAACACUGUUGGAGGAAGCCGGGUGCCCUCGGAGGACACAUGGAAUGGGAGAAGCUUGCGAUCUGUGCGUGGAACCAGAUGCUCUGUUACUAAUCGCCGGAGAAGACUCGGAAGAUGAGUUCAGAGAGGAAGCGCUGCAGCGAGUGGCUCCUCUCCUCCUCUAUUACAUUAUUCAUCAGGACGAGAUCUGCUCUUCCAAGCCCAACCUGAGUCACACAGAGUACGCGUUUUACCUGCACAGCCUACUCAGCCUCAGGCCGGAAGAAGACUCCAACUUCCUUUCAAGGACCGAAACGGAAGAUAUCUUGGCUUUCACCAGGCAGUACUUUAACACGUCCAGGAACCAGUGUAUGGAAACCAAAAGGCUGCAUGAAAAAUCUGGAAUACUAAGGAGCGAAGGGGCGGAUGAAAACACGCUUCCUCAGUUGGCUGCAACCAUCAUUGCUCUGUCCCUCCAAAAUGUUUGUCUGGGACAAGCACACCUGCCUUCGUCAGACUAUUUCACAGACUACAUUUUCAGUUCCUUGAACAGCACAAAUACUCUUCACCUGCCAGAACUAGACCAACUCCUUGACAUUCUCUGGACCAGAAGGACCUGUCACAAAAGGGACUCAAUCUACCAAUUUCAGGGGAAGCAAAACAGCAUUCCAAGCCGUGCUCACGGCUACCCUAAUCUAUCUGUAUCCACGGACAAAGAAGCAGACGUUGCUCCACUUUCCUGGGAUCAGGGCAUGCGUUUUCUAAGAGUGAUUGUUGGUCAUCUCUAUGCUGGGGAUGGACAGGCAAAGCCUCCCCCCACAAUGCUAGAGAAGUAUGGCUACAGCACUGUGGCGGUGACCCUCAUCACACUGGGCUCCAUGCUGGGGACCAUGCUGAUCCUUUUCAACAGCUGUGAGGAGAACUACAGGCUCAUUUUACAGCUCUUUGUGGGCUUGGCGGUUGGGACACUCUCUGGGGAUGCGCUGCUCCACCUUAUCCCUCAGAUUCUUGGUCUCUAUGAGCAAGAAGCUUCAGAAUUAGGGCAUUUCCAUGGAAACAAGGGUCACGUGUGGAAACUGCUGGGACUAAUUGGAGGCAUUCAUGGUUUUUUCUUAAUAGAAAAGUUUUUCCUCCUGGUCUCACCAAGAACCAAGGAAGUUUCUUGGAUUAAUAGACAUGUGGGGCAUUCCCACCAUCAAGCACUGGACUCCGAGUUAAGUGGCCAAUCUGCUUCAGCUAUCCAGUUGAAAAGCCCAGAAGACUUACAGGCAGCCGAAAUUCCCAUAGGCAGGAUGACAGCCUUCCACAGGAAAUGCAACACCAUUAGCUUGUUAGCAAUAAUGAUCCUGGUUGGCGACAGCCUGCACAAUUUCGCAGAUGGCCUAAUGAUAGGAGCAGCUUUCUCAUCUUCAUCCGAGUCGGGAGUGACCACAACAAUUGCUAUCUUGUGUCAUGAAAUCCCACACGAAAUGGGUGACUUUGCUGUGCUCUUGAACUCUGGGCUUUCUGUUAAGAUUGCCAUCCUGAUGAAUCUGAUAAGUGCUCUAACUGCCUUCAUAGGCCUAUACACUGGCCUCUCACUGUCAACCGAUCCGUCUGUUCAAAACUGGAUCUUAACAGUUACUGCUGGGAUGUUCUUAUAUUUAUCCUUGGUGGAGAUGCUUCCCGAAAUGACUCAUGUUCAAACACGGCGACCCUGGCUGAUGUUUCUCCUGAAGAACCUCGGAUUGAUCCUAGGCUGGCUUUGCCUCCUCCUCUUGGCUCUAUAUGAACAAAACAUUAGAAUAUAAAGGCUUUUUAAAGAGUCUCAAAAUUCUCCUAAAAUAAAUAUAACGUCAUCUCA